GUCCAUUUGUAUCCAUCAACGGCCCAAAAUCCUCCAUUAUACACGCACGGAUCGAACUGCCCUCUCCCUCAACAAGCUCUGCCCGCAUAAAUACGUCCGUUAAGCCCUCUCCGUCUUCAUUCGCAAUUUCCGAGCAUCCAUUUCUCCGAUUGCAGGGUUUCAAGCUCGAGAAAGUUUCAGGCGCGCCGAGAUAAUGUCGGGUCGUGGAAAGGGAGGCAAGGGAUUAGGAAAGGGAGGUGCAAAGAGGCACCGCAAGGUCCUUCGUGAUAACAUUCAGGGGAUUACGAAGCCGGCGAUCCGGCGUUUGGCUAGAAGAGGGGGCGUGAAGCGUAUCAGCGGUCUGAUCUACGAGGAGACUCGUGGUGUCCUCAAGAUCUUCCUCGAGAAUGUUAUUCGCGAUGCAGUCACCUACACUGAGCAUGCGCGCCGGAAGACUGUCACGGCCAUGGAUGUCGUCUACGCUCUCAAGAGGCAGGGCAGGACCCUCUAUGGAUUUGGUGGUUAGGGUUCCGGCAUCGAAAGUCUUGCUGUCAAGAAAAUAUAAGAGAAAAAUACUAAAAAAUGGAUAGCAGAAUGGCGUAUUCGGAGAUGGGUUUGUAUUUUGGGGUUUUGUUUUUCCUGUCUUUUGACCACAGUUUCUUGUAAUUUCUUUAUGCUUUUGUUAAUGGUACUUCUGUAAUCCAAACGUCUAGGACGCUCAGUGAAAUUAAAUUCAGUGAAA